GAGAGAGAGAGAGAGUUCCAGCGCUUCACGCGGAGUUCCAUUGUCUGCCUCAGUGUUCCUUCGCCUGCCGCACUGACUGGCUUCUCUCCUCCGUUUCUCCUCCGGCAGUUCUCCUCGCUCCUCCGGGAAAAAAACACACUCGCCGCAGUCGUCUGCUGCUUUACCGAGCACUUUAAGGCAUCACUCGCGUCUGCGCUGCUGCUCCAAGCAGAAAAAAAGACACCCGUUCCUUCUCCUUCUCGGCAAGAGACACCAUGGGGAAACAGAACAGCAAGCUUGCCCCUGAGAUGCUGGAGGACCUGGUGAAGAACACAGAGUUUAACGAGCAUGAGCUCAAGCAAUGGUACAAAGGCUUUCUAAAGGACUGCCCCAGCGGCCGUCUCAACCUGGACGAGUUCCAGCAGCUCUACGUAAAGUUUUUCCCCUAUGGAGAUGCAUCAAAGUUUGCCCAGCAUGCCUUCCGGACCUUCGACAAGAACGGAGAUGGAACUAUCGACUUCAGGGAGUUCAUCUGCGCCCUGUCCAUCACAUCGCGAGGCAGCUUCGAACAGAAACUCAACUGGGCCUUUAACAUGUAUGAUCUGGAUGGAGAUGGCAAGAUCACACGAGUGGAAAUGCUGGAGAUCAUUGAAGCGAUUUACAAGAUGGUGGGCACCGUGAUCAUGAUGAAGAUGAACGAGGACGGUCUGACGCCCGAGCAGCGGGUUGACAAAAUCUUCAGCAAGAUGGAUAAGAACAACGACGACCAGAUCACAUUGGAGGAGUUCAAAGAGGCAGCAAAGAGUGACCCGUCCAUUGUAUUACUGCUGCAGUGCGACCUGCAGAAAUGAGGCCGGCGUCUGGGGGAGCGCCACAGGACUGCACAGAAGAUUAAUGUUCCAUUCAGUUUGCAGCUAUUUCCACUGAUAAAAAAAUUUGCUUGGACUACCUUUCAAUGGAUCCGCUUCCUGUGUUUGAAACACUCGUGUGCAUGAGAAUGUUCUUUGCUAACAAGUUUUACACAUGCACGCACACAAACACACACACUACAAUCUCAUACACACAUACAGAACAUGCCACGCACAAAUAGAGUUCUACAAAUACAAAUAUAUUCAUAUAAAUAUAUAAAUAUAUAAGUUGUUAAACUGCCAAAAUGUGAACAGUGUGCAAAAGUACUUUCCAUACGGUCUCAUUCCACUGAAGCUUGCGCAUCGUUGAUGUGCUCUAUUGAAUUAAGCUACUAUUUAUUGUUCGACUUUACUGAUGCUAGCUGUGUGUAUCAUAAUACUGUGUAACGUCAGCCAAAUCAGUUCCUACGGUAAUGGUAACUGUUUCAGAUUAAUCAUUUAUACGUUGUUCGAGUGGACUGAGAGCAUAUACUUUUCCAUCUUACUUUCACAUUCAAACAUGCUUGUACUGUUGGUGAACAUGAAAAAAAAGUAGUUUAUUUGCAUGCCACUAGGUCUGCCUUAAAGAAAACUCUCAUACUAAAGAAAUAGAGAAGACAAAGCCUUAUUGAAAAAAGAGCGAACCUUUUGGUCUGUAUAACUGAAACAAUAGUAAAACCUGUUUCCCUAGGAUAUGCAAAUCCUGUGAUGAUGUGAGGGAGAUGUUUUAUUGCGAUCAAUUCAUCCAUUUUCAAUUUGGUUUCUGGAACCCAUGGGAUAAUGGUUUCCAGUGGCUUCCUCAUGUGGUUUAUAGCCAUCUGCCUGGUAUUGUGUGCACAGAGUGAAUCAGGAGAACUGAAUGUGGCUGAUAACGCAAUGAGGAAAAAACAAGAAAGCUGAAAUGUAUGUCUGUAUGUUCAUUCCCAACAGGAGUACCACUGUUUUACAGCUCAUGCAAAAUAUUCCCUGAUUAGUUUCAACUGCAAGCUACUUGUGCAGUAUGGCUCCGCUUCAUUUCUCCAUGCUGUUCCUGCAAGAAGUAGGGCACGCAUAUGAACUGCCGGUUGGUUUUGAACAAACUGUUGCUUGGAAGAGGUUUUUAAACAUCCUCGUUCAGUUGGAAAUGACAGGAAAUAUCACAGUUCCUUCACUGGAAUCGCAGUUUCCCCAAAGCUGCUAUGUGUUGUCUGUCUGCAAGUGUUAUUUAAAGGUGCAGUGUGUAGGAUUGAGGGACAUCUAUCAGCAGAAAUGGAAUAUAAUAUUCAAAACCAGGUUUUCAUUAGUGUAUAAUCACCUCUAACUAUGUUAAACGCCUUCCGGUCGCACUGUAAACAAUGGCUGGCGCUGUCUGAAAUCAUUGCUGCGUUCCUAAUACACCAAUAAUUGGACUAAACAGCCAAACUGACUCCUCUCCACUGCAGCUACUGUGAUUAGUAACAGUAGAAAUACGAUGCUGUGUCUUUGAGCUGGUUAUGGUGUUCGGGGCCAAUGUUUGCGAGGCCUGAGAUGGAAAAACUAAACCUGUUGGCCUUUUUCUCCAACAUGAAGUGCCGUGAGUGCAGAUCUGUGUAGGGACGUGUACAGAGCCCCACUGGUGACAUCCUGUAUAAAUUAAAAUAAUGUGAGGCCACGACUUAGUAAGGCAUGGAAAUGAGAUGACUAAGUCGUGGCCAUGACUUAGUAAAGCGUGGGAACGCUAUUUUUAUUUACGCAGGAUGUCACCAGGAGGGCUCCGUAGGUUUGUGAUGCGGUGUUGAACAUUGUAAUCAAAGCCCGUCUCAGGCCAAGUUCCUAACGGUACAUUCUGCCAUCUGAGCGCAGCUGUUCUGACAGAGAUGCGCUUUCAGACGUGGGAUUCGUGGCUCGGUUGUCUGCCGCGGUGUACUCUGUUUACCGGACUGCCCCGGCUGUCACCGGUGAACAGUCCACAGCGGCAGGUGCACAGAUUCAUACACAGUUCAUAUGUUUUAAGCACGACUGACUGGCCUGUCUGCUCAUGUUAGAGGAACUAUCAGACAAGUAAACUGCUCUCCUGCUCAGUGCGCGAGGUUAAGGACGAUUUUUGAGGGACGCUGAAAACCGGUGACCGAUUACCGGUCUGUUAAACGGUGCAGCCGGAAGUCCAAUAACGCUACUAAUUACGACCGGAUGUGAUGAUAUAGGCGCUGUUAAAAAGGUCCAUUGUUGGCUUGAGCACACGCCGCUGUGAUGCAGUCGACCUUCAAAUGCAGUCAGAGAACUUGUAGAGGAGAAUUUCCACUCCGCAAUGUCGUCCGGGUUUCUUAAACGGUGUUUGAGCUUUUAAACUCGAGCUAUAGGAGUUUAAAACGGUGCCUCAUGCACGUCCAUGACGUCAGUGAGUGUGAACAGCCAAUGAGCUGCUACACUCGCCAAUCAAUCAUCACUCUAGCAGUAAAGCCCGCCUCCUGGUGCACAAAACCUGUCUGCUGUAGAAAAAGGGAAAUAUAUAGGUAAUAUUUAUUUCUUUCUUUGUUUAGUGAAACUCAUCCUUCUGCUUUCUAAAAUUAAAGAAAGGAUCUGGGAAAGUGAUUAGAAACUAUUUUAACUUUGCAUUUUUAGCCGUUGAGCUCCAUUUACUUCCAUUCAUUGAGGACUCGCUCGCGGGCGCCCUCUGCUGUUUAACAGUCCUGUUUUUGAAAUAACAAGGGAAAUAGGAAGUGGCCAGGCUCCUCAUAGACCGGCUCUGAUGCAGCCUCCGAAGGGGACAUAGCUAUAGAGAGCGGGUCCUCUUCCAGCUGAGGCCGCUGUGUUGCGCUGCCAUGUUUCUGCACAGUAGCCCAGAACAGACAAACCAAACACCCAACUCUAGAGAGCACCUUUCUCGUUUUUACGUUGAAGCAACAGUUUGAAUUUGGUGGCGCUAUAGCACUGCUCAUAAGGCCUUCUGUGUUGUGAGAAGUUUGAGAGCCCACACCGUGACAAACGGAGGAUCAUGCUUGUUGUUUAGCACAAGAAAAGGCAAAAAAAAGGGUGAAUCCUCGUCAACCAAGAUGGCAAAACAUGAAGCAAAAUGAAUUUUUUUCAGCUGACAGCGGAAAACCUGGAAAUGGAGGGGUGAAGGAGGGUUGAGUUGGUUGCAGUCUGCCACGUCACCACUAGAUGCCACCAAAUCUUGCACACUGUACCUUUGAGGCUGCUUCUUAUUCUUAGCUGUGACACAGAAUCCAAUGACCAGAGUCUUUCUGAGGGGGAAAUCAAGUCAUUUGAUGUGUCUGCAAGUAAACGUGUCUAUUCAAACUUUGGAGCUUUGCCCAGCCCAAUGUCAUCAUUGGCAUGUUGUCAUCAUCACACAUGCCCCAUUCUCUGCAUCAACUGCUUAUUCAUGUAUUUAUCACCUAACUGACUGAUCAGAAGGUCAGGGUGAACAAAUCUAUGAUUCCAUGUCAUGAAUAAAAGCUUUAUACACAUACAUUCCACACAACGUUUACCUAAUGUCACCAAAUUCAUGCAAUGCCAACUGGUUAAAUUUUGAAUUAUUUUGUACAUGUAGCAUGUAUUGUGCCCCUGAUGCCAUGGCUGCACUACUCCUUGUGUUGUGGUUUAAACUAAUAAAAUGAUAUAUGGGC